UGGUGCUUCGUCCAGCUCGCCGACUCGCAGCUGGGCAUGUUCAACAGCGACGACGACCCCGACGACUGGGCCCAGGAGGUCGCGAUGCUGAACCUCGCCGUGGACAAGAUCAACGCGCUGAAGCCGCGGCCGCAGUUCGCCAUCGUCUGCGGCGACCUCGUGCACCCGUUCCCGGAAGGCCCGAAGGGCCAGCCCGAAAGGCAGGCGCGCGCCUACGCCGAGUACCAGCGGAUCACGGCGCGCAUCGACGCGGGCAUCGCGCUCGUCUGCGUCUGCGGGAACCACGACGUCGGCAACGUGCCGAGCCGCGCGUCCGUGACGAAGUUCGAGAAGCGGUUCGGCCCGUCCUACGGCGAGUUCCGCUGCGGCCGGACGCGGUGCAUCGUGCUGAACUCCCAGCUGCUCAACGCCAAGGAGGACUUCUGGAGCGAGGAGCCGCACGUCGAGGCCGCGCGCGACAUGGCGCUCGAGCAGGACGCGUGGCUCGGCACGCGCUUCCCCUGCCGGACGCUCUUCUUCAGCCACGUGCCGCCCUUCGUCGAGGCGCCCGACGAGCCCAAGGGCUACUUCAACCACGAGCCCGAGGUGCGCGCGGCCAUCCUCGACCUCGUCACGAAGAUCGACCCGAAGACCAAGUGGUUCUGCGGCCACUUCCACCGGAACGCGGGCGGCUGGCGCGGCGACGCGGAGGUCGUCGUCACGUCCGCCGUCGGCUGCGCGCUCGGC